CAUUCACCAGAGAUUUUACCAAGUCAGUCAAGGAGGUUUGUGGUGUUUUAGUCAAAGGUUGUUGAACAUUUCAACAUGAAGGUUACAGACAGUAAUGUGAUUCGGUUUCACCUUCAAGUUUUACAUGAGAUUACUGUAAAGAGCUUAGUGAAGAAAAAGGAGAGACUGUCCGUGAGUGGUGCAAAGAUCUUUGGUGUUCCUCUGGAGAAUUUACCCCGUCAGUACAUUCCUGAGUUUGGACUGGUGCCCUGCUUUUUGGUGAAUGCUUGUUCAUUUCUACUGGAGCGUGCUGGGACUGUUGGCCUGUUCAGAAAACCAGGCUCUCUUCCUCGCAUUAAGACCCUCAGGGCCAAGCUGAAUAGAGGAGAGGGUUGUCUGAUCACAUCCUUCCCCAACGAUAUUUCAACGCUCAUCAAACAGUUUUGCAGGGAGCUGCCGGAGCCAUUGUUCCCCCCUGAGCUCCACGCAGCUCUGCUCCAAGCCCAGGCGCUUUCCAGUCUACAGGACAGGACUUCAGCCCUCCAGCUGUUGUCCUGUUUGCUACCCGCCAGAAACGCCUCCUGUCUGAACUACCUGUUUGACUUCCUUUCUAAAGUCUCCCAAAGAUGCACCGAAAACUUAAUGACCAGCCUCAACAUAGCCACGGUCUUCGCUCCGUGUCUUUUAACGCCUCCCAACAAGGCAGAAAUGUCUGAAAGGCGACUUGAACUCAGAGUUCUUGUCUUGCGCACCUUCAUUGAAAAUCCUCACUUAUUCGGUGUGAUUCCUAAAGCUGUAAUGGACAGUAUGGAUUUUCUGAUUAAUUUCCAUCCUCUGAAAGAUGCAAAGAGAGGUUGCAGAAAAGGACACAGUUUCAAAGGGAUGUGGUCUGUGAAGACGGUGCCCUGGAUUCACGGGAGGUCAAAGGGCAGACCUCCAAUCCCUGAGCGGAGUCCAGAGUCCACCCCAGGAGACAAAGUACCGCUCAGGAGAAGCCUCGGCCUAGAGACUUUCCCUAAUGUCCUGCUGUUCAGAACCUGUAUGCCUUUUGCAGAACAAGGUUUCAGCCCUGUUGGCAAAGAGGCAUGCAAGACCCCGCAAGAAAGACCAGCAAGAGCUCUGCGUUUGGGUCACUUUCAGACGUUCCCCAGAGGACGGGAUGCAGACGGCUCUCCUGUGCACACUGGUGUCGGGAAGGUGCAGUUCACACCUUGGAAAAGACGCAUUUCGCUGUAAUUUUUUAAAUAUUAAGAAGUUGUCAUGUACUUUUGCCCCACAUUACUGCAGAAUUUUAGAUUAUGGUGUCUGAUGGAUCGGUUUUUAUUUAUGUGGCUUGGAACUGUUUAGUGUCUUAAAUAGAAUCUUAUGUUUUAUUUUUUAACUUUUUAAUAAAUGUUUUUUCACUCUUGUAUGGAUGAACUUGCACCAUAGUUUCAUAUCGAGUGAAUAAAUGUUU